AUGGCUGACGCUGAAGAGAAAGCGCGCCAGGAGAAGAUUGCGGCUGCAAAGAAGCGCGUCGAGCAACGCAAGAAGAAGAAGGACAAGAAGGGUGCCGAAUCUAUCAAGGAUGAUGGCAAGGGUGAACCCGCCGAAGCUGCUGACGACGCAGCACCCGACAACAGCGACGGUGCCGACAAAGAAAAAGACUCCGCCAUCGAAGAGAAGACCGACGACAACAAAGCCGACGAAUCCGAGUCCACUCCCGCGCCUUCCUUAGCUGAGCAGUCCAAGGCCCGAUCUACGUCGUUCCGAGCGAGCUCCAUAUCUGGAAAGCCUACAUCACCCGGGCCUUUGAGCCCGGAUGGUGACACUGCGCCAGACAUCUACAGAAAGCACGUUGCCAAAAUCGAGGAACUGGAGAAGGAAAAUAGGCGCCUUCAGAAAGAUUCUUCCGACGCGGAGAAGAGAUGGAAAAAGGCAGAGGAUGAACUCGCUGACCUACGAGAAGCCGAUGACAAGAAGAGCUCCGAUGAUUCAGAGAAGCUGAAGGGAGAAAUUGCGUCCCUGGAGCGCCAAAAUUCACAACUUCAGCAACAAUUGUCGCGCGGCUCCGGCCAUGCGCAUCGCCAGUCCGUUUCCACCACAUCAUCGCCGCCAGCGUUUCAGGCCGAACUCGAUUCCAAAGCGUCAACUAUCGAAUCUAUGGAAAUUGAAAUCUCCAAGCUGCGUUCACAGCUCGAGCGCCACCAGAGCGGAGCCUCCUCUGAGAAGGAGCAGGUCGCCGCGCUGGAAGACAAGGUGGCACGUGCUGAAGCUGCUGCCGGCAAAGCCCAGCGAGAGCUCCAAGACGUCAAGAAGAACCUAGAGCGCGCUACUGAAAGGGCGGUUCGGGAAGGCGGCGAGCGGUCCAGUGCCGAAACCAAGGCGAGCACGCUGGAGCACGAGCUGACGGCACUGAGAGCGACCCACGAGGAGCUUGUCAAGAAGGCAGACGGCCUCGAGAAGAAAGUGGCCACACUGACGACGCUGCACAAGGAGCAGGACUCUCGCUCGCAGACGCUGAAGCGUGAAAAGGACAAACACGAGGCUGAGCUCGCCGAGCUCCGCACCCGCGUCGAGAAGCUCGAGGGCGAAAAUACCAAGCUCCGCAGCCGCAAGUCCACCGACGGCGGCGGCGGCCUCGACGACGAGAGCAUGGACGAGCUUGAGAACGAGGAGCGCCAGCGCCUGGAGAAUAAGAUUCGCGCCUUGGAGAGGGAGGUCCAUGAGCUACGCAGUGGCGAGUGGCUGCAGCGUCGCCGCGACAUGGAGCCGGCGGGCUUCCAGGACGUUGACCUCUCGGCGCCGUAUGGCGCGCCGGCGCAGCGCAAGAGCUCGGUAGGCGGCAUCGGGCAAUUCUUCAGUAGCGGCCUUAGCGCGCUCGCGGGCGGCGGCGACGACGAUGACGACGACGGGCUCCUCGAGGACGACGACGCCGACUUUGAUGAGGAGGCUUUCCGCAAGGCGCACGAGGAGGAGCAGAUGCGCCGUCUCGAGCGCAUCAAGGAGCUCAAGCGUGCGCUCAAGCACUGGGAGGGCUGGAGGCUAGACAUUGUGGACUUACGCCGGGGCGGCGUGCUGGGCGUGGGGGAUAUAUUUGACGUAUAA